AUGUCGAGCGCAAGCCAGCUCUUUCUUCUCGCCGACCAUAUAAAGCUCUCGCUCCUUGAGCGACAGCGAGCAAAGAACCUCAACCUUGAAGGCGACUCCCAGGAUGGCCACAUCUCGCGAUCCUUUGACCAGUUCCGCGAUGGCUUGACUAGCCUCCGCGAGGAAGAACAGCGGCUCACCGAAGCUGGUGAUGCAACUGCCGCCUCGAGCCUGACAGAAUCCAUCUCAUCGCUUCAGAAACAACUGGACGACCUCACAGCCCAAUUCCGAGGCCACCCCUCCUCUUCAACAACUGAAACCCUCACCCAUCCCAACUCGGAGGAGCUCGCCGACGAUUUUGAACACGCAACCUCUACAUCACCGACCUCUCGAAAGCCAAAGACUGUCCGCUUCAGCGACACUCCACCUUCCCCAUCCACCGAGCUUUUCGGCCGUUAUCGCGAUAAUCCCGAUGACAGCGCAGGCUACCGGGAUGAGGCCCAGGAAAUGGACAAUCAGCAACUUCACCAGUACCACGCUCAGAUCCUUGAGCAACAAGAUGAGCAGCUCGAUCGCCUGGGCGAGUCUAUUGGACGCCAGCGCGAACUGAGCAUGCAAAUCGGCGACGAGCUUGAUAGCCAUGUUGCUAUGCUCGACGAUGUUGAGGCUGUCACCGAUCGCCAUCAAAGCCGGUUGGACCGCGCAAGCCGGAUGCUCGGAAAGGUUGCUCGUGGGGCAGGCGAGAAUAAGCAAAUGACUACCAUUGUGGUUCUCAUUAUCAUUCUUGUGCUUCUGAUUGCUAUCCUGAAAUGA